AUGUCCAGUCUUUCGGAAGACGACGAUGACAGUGACAAGGAAGAAGAUGAUGAUGAAAGUGAAGAGGAAGUAUCUCAAGAUGAUGCUUGGGCACUCAUCGAUAAUCAGGAGAACACAAACCUCACAAACAAAGUAAAUGAAGACGCGAAGAGCAGAAAAGCCGAGCUCAUUGCGGAGGAGUACAUUAAUGCGACUCGAGGCAGCCGUGACCCGUACGCCGACCAGAUCAACAAGGCGGCUCUGAAGAGGGCCUCCCGUAAGCCUUCGCUGCCUUCAACAUCGAGCGGAAGCAAACAAAAUGUCACUGGAUUGCUGCCCGACAUGGGCAGCGGAACUUACCUGGCAAAAGUGGAGGACUACUGUUCGGAUGAGAGCGAAGGUGGACACGUAUUAAAAGACGGCUUCCCGCGCAGGUCGUCGCCAACCGCGCAGGCGAAUCAGACUGCCUCUACCCGCAAUGUCGCCGGCUAUCCCUCAGACACCAUAUCACAGCGCUCAGACCCCAACCCUUACUACUCUACACCUUCACCGGUAUACAACCGACAGCCCGCCCCUUAUGCCUCGCAGGGACCAGCAGUCGUCCAACCCGCCCGGACCAUGCACGUGGUGGAGCGGGCCGAGGUGCUCGCAUCACCCGAAGCAAUACGGACAGAAUUGCAAGAGCAGCUAAGUGACACCGACACAACCUCUGAGGAAAUGGACCCAGAAUCGAGUUGGAAAGACGAGGAUGACAAACGCAAACUUGGCGCUAUGAGUAUCAACUCAUUGUCCAUGGGUAUGCUCAGUAGGCAAGAGUCUACGAGUAAAGAAAAAGAAGCUUCUGCCAGGGGAGACUCUCCAGAACUACCUGGCACACCUACGCUUGUACUGGAAGAUUUCGAACCGAAAGAAUACGACGACGGUGAAAAAAAGACCGCCGACAUGAGCCCCAAGGACGACGAGCAUGAGCGAGACAAGGAGGGAAAAGAUUUAGAUGUGCUCGAAAUACUAGCCAAGCCGACAGAAGCAUCGAGCAAAACACAAAUGCAAAGUCGAGCUGGAAGGAAGGCCACGAAGAGAAAACUUCCCUACAUUACUGGCUCGAGAGGUGCUGCGGGAGUAGCAAAAGAGUGCUCUGUAGAUGUGAGUGGAGGGUCUGAAGAUGAGAUGAUUUUCUCAAGGGUUAGUGAAUCAAGACGCAGGGCUUCCGCAUUACAAGACGUCACGGUUGACGCGUCCAAAGGAGUAGCUUGGAGUGGAAGCGGCGAGGAUUUUGACGAAGUAGACGAAUUGUUGAAGGAAUGGACGACUGUGUUCUAG